AUGACAUAUGCUCACAGCAAGACCACCGACACCGUUCUUACAAUCCAAUGUUUCUCCAAUUCUUCUUACAAUCAGACACUUUGCCUUGAUAUUCUCUACAAAAGACUCCUGCAGCAACUGCAGAUCGUCCUCAACCCUGCCCAGGGUAACGUCAAGGAGGCCACCGGCAUUCUCCAGCGCGAGUUCUACAACAAGCCCGAGUCCCUGGUCCUUCUCAUCCAGAUCGCUACCGGACACGAAGAUGCCAACCUCCGACAGCUCGCCGCCGUCGAGGCUCGGUCCCUCGUCAACAAGCACUGGGUUUCCGUCCAGGCCGGUCAGAAGCCUCAGAUCCGCGAGCAAUUGCUCCGUGCUACCAUGGGCGAGUCUUCCGACCUUGUCCGUCACUCCGUCGCCCACGCUCGGCGAGGGUCUGGAGGAGAAGUACCAGGACCUGUCAACCUGUUCAGCAAGACCAUCCGCGACCCCGAGAGCGAAGAGGUCCGUGUCAACACCCUCCUCGCGCUGAGCAAGCUCGGCAUGCACCUCGACUCUGAGGAGAACAUGGCUCCCGUCAAGGCUUUCCAGGAGAUCCUGCCCUCCAUGGUCGCUGUUCUGAAGGAGUCCAUCGAUCAAGGUCACGAGGACCGCGUCAUGCAGGGCUUCGAGGUCUUCCAGACCCUCCUGGGUUGUGACCCGGCCUUGAUGACCGUCCACCUUAAGGAUCUGGUCGUCUUCAUGAAUGAGAUUGCCGCCAACACCGAGGCCGACGAGGAUACCCGUACCCAGGCUAUCAGCUUCCUGAUGCAGUGCGUCCAGUAUCGCAAGCUGAAGAUCCAGGGUAUGCGCCUUGGUGAGCAGCUCACCCGCACCGCUCUCCACAUCGUCACUGAGCUCGGUGACGCAUCCGCGGCCGACGACGAUAUCACCCCUGCCCGCUCUGCCCUGGGUCUCCUCGACAUGCUCGCUCAGAGCCUGCCCCCCAGCCAGGUUGUCGUUCCUCUUCUCCAGUCCCUGGGACAGUACUUCAGCAACAGCAACCCUGACUACCGCCGCGCCGGUAUCAUGGCUCUUGGCAUGUGUGUGGAGGGCGCUCCCGACUUCAUCAGCACUCAGAUGAAGGAAAUCUUCCCCAUGGUCCUGCAGCUUCUGGCCGAUCCCGAGCCUAAGGUGCGCCAGGCCUCUCUGCACACCGUCGCUCGUCUCGCCGAUGAUCUUGCCGAGGACCUUAGCCAGGAGCACGAGAAGCUCAUGCCUCUUCUGUUCAACAACCUCGCGAGUGCCAUGCAGGAGUACAAGGGCGAAGAGGAUGGUCCCACCAUCGACAUCAUGAAGGCCGGUAUCAGCGCCAUCGACGCUGUUGUCGACGGUCUGGACGAGAAGGACGUUGCUCCCUACCAAGGUGAGCUGGUCCCUAUCCUCCACAAGCUCUUCAAGCACCCCGACUUUAGAAUCAAGGGUCUCGCCGCCGGAGCCCUGGGAUCUCUUGCCUCCUCUGCCGGAGACUCCUUCCUGCCCUUCUUCGAUGAGUCCAUGCACCUCCUCCAGGAGUUCGCUACUGUCAAGGACAGCGAGGAGGAGCUUGACCUCCGCGCUAGCGUCACUGAUGCUAUGGGUGAGAUGGCCGCCGCCGCCGGCCCCGAGCGCUACCAGCCUUACGUUGAGCCGCUCAUGCGUGCCACCGAGGAGGCUCUUCACCUUGGCCACUCCCGCCUGAAGGAGAGCACCUACAUCUUCUGGGGUGCUAUGUCUAAGGUCUAUGCCGAGCACUUCUCCCCCUUCCUCGAUGGCGUUGUCAAGGGCCUGUUCGAUUGCAUUGAGCAGGAUGAGAACGACCUCGAAGUUUCUCUCGGUGAGGCUGCCAAGGACCUCAUCGGCCAGGAAGUGACCGUUGCUGGCCGCAAGGUCAAGGUCGCCAGCGCUGAUGACGAUGAUGAGCCGGUUGGCGAGAACGGCGAGAUCGAGGAUGUCGACGUCGAUGAGGACGAAGAUGCCUGGGACGACAUCACCGCCACCACUCCCAUCUCUCUCGAGAAGGAGAUCGCCGUUGAGGUCAUCGGUGACCUUGUUACCCACACCAAGACCGCUUAUCUGCCUUACUUUGAGAAGACCAUCGAGGUUGUCCUGCCCCUUGCGGAGCACCCUUACGAGGGAGUCCGUAAGAACACCAUCAGCACUCUUCACCGCUCUUACGCCAUGCUCUUCUCCAUCGCCGAAGAGAGCGGCCAGAUGCCCAAGUGGCAGCCCGGCCUUCCCCUGAAGGUCGAGCCCGCCAAGGAGGUCAAGAAGUUCGGUGAAAUCCUCAUGACUGCUACCAUCAAGAUGUGGACCGAGGAAGAUGAUCGUGCUACCGUCGCCGACAUCAACCGCAACAUGGCGGAGAACCUUCGCUACUGUGGUCCCGCUCUGAUUGCCAACGAGACCACCCUGCACAACGUCAUCACCAUGAUCACCGACAUCAUCACCAAGCAGCACCCUUGCCAGCUUGAGUUCGGCCCCGAGGACGAGGCCCUUGCUGCCGGUGAGGAGACCUCUGAAUUUGACUGGGUCGUCGUCGACACUGGUCUCGACGUUGUUUCGGGUAUGGCCGCCGCCCUGGGCGACAGCUUCGCCGAGCUGUGGAAGGUGUUCGAGAAGACCGUUCUCCGCUAUGCCGGCAGCACGGAGUCUCUCGAGCGUGCCACCGCUGUUGGUGUCCUCGCCGAGUGCAUCAACGGCAUGGGCGGAGCGGUCACCCCCUUCACCCCUAGCUUCCUGAAGCUGCUUGUGCACCGUCUUGGUGACGAGGACCCCCAGACCCGCUCCAACGCCGCCUACGCCGUUGGUCGUCUGGUGGAGCACUCCAACGCUGGCGCUGAGCUUGUGAAGGAAUUCCCCACUAUCCUCAGCCGCCUCGAGCAGUGCCUCCACAUGGACGUCUCCCGUCUUCAGGACAACGCCACUGGCUGUCUCAGCCGCAUGAUCCUGAAGCACCGCGAGAGCGUCCCCCUCAAGGAGGUCCUGCCUGUUCUUGUCCAGAUCCUGCCCCUCAAGAACGACUACGAGGAGAAUGACCCCCUCUACCGCAUGAUCUGCCAGUUGUACAAGUGGGAGGACGCGACUAUCCGCGAACUCACGCCCCAGCUGGUGCCGAUCUUCCAGUCGGUGCUGACGGGUGAUGCGGACCAGCUGGAGGACGAGCGCCGUGCCGAGCUUACCGAGCUGGUCAAAUGGCUGAACCAGAUGCAGCCGGGCGUUGCUCCUUGGGCGGAGCAGCUCUAA